AUGGUCUUGUCGCGUUUCUUCAAUAAGAAGACUGCAGCUGACGGAGUGCCAGGAAAGGGCACUCCUGAAAGCGGCACUCCUGCUGGCACACCAGCCAGGGGCAACUCCGAUGUUGCACAACCUGCAGCCCUAGAGCCAAAAGGCCGAGUACCUGCUAUUGCUGUUAUUCUUGGUGCUGUUGCUAGUAUCGGUGGCUUCAUGUUCGGCUACGAGUCUGGACAAAUUUCCGGUUUCCUUGAGAUGGAUGAUUUCAAGAACCGCUUUGGCGAUGAUGGCAAAUUCUCUGCUGUGCGUCAAGGUGCCAUUGUCGGUCUUCUGGCUGUCGGUACCCUCUUUGGAUGCUUAGGCUCAGCUCCCCUUGCUGACACCUUCGGUCGUCGUCUUACCAUCUCCGGUUCCGCCUUCUUCUACAUUAUCGGUGUCAUCAUUGAAAUCACCAGCAAGAACGUCUGGGUACAGUUUGCAAUGGGUCGAUUUACCGCUGGUCUUGGUAUCGGAGCUCUUUCGACCGUCGUGCCCAUGUACCAAUCCGAGUCCAUUCCCAAGCGAAUUCGCGGCGCUACCGUUUCCUCUUACCAGCUCUUCAUCACCCUUGGUAUUUGGACCGCAUACAUGGUCAACUACGGCACUGAGAAGAGCUACAUCAACAGCGCCCAAUGGCGUAUCCCCAACGGUCUUUCCGCUCUCUGGGCCAUUCUUCUUGGUACUACCAUCUUGCUCUUGCCAGAGUCCCCACGCUACGCAUACCGCAAAGGCAAUGUUGAGGAUGCUCGCGCAAACAUGGCCCGCUUGAACGGUGUCGACCCUCACAGCCCCUUUAUCGAUGCGGAGAUUGCCGAGAUUCAGGAGAAGCUCGAGGCCGAAGCCGCUGGUGGUGAUCACCCAUGGCACGAAAUCUUUACCGGCCCUCGCAUGCUGUACCGUACUCUACUAGGAAUGGUUCUCCAGGCUGGUCAGCAACUUACUGGUGCCAACUACUUCUUUUACUACGGCACAACUAUUUUCGCCGCGACCGGUCUCAGCAACUCGUACGUCACCUCUAUCAUUCUCGGAACCGUCAACGUUGUUGCUACCAUUGCUGGCCUCUGGAUUGUCGAGAAUGUCGGCCGCCGCAAGGCUAUGAUGGCUGGUGCUGCCUGGAUGGCCGUUUGCCUCUUCAUCUACUCCUUUAUCGGCCACUACCAGCUUGACCACCAGAACCCUCUCAGUACCCCCCAGGCCGGAAACAUUAUGAUUGUAUUCACCUGCCUUUUCAUCGCGGCUUUCGCUACCACUUGGGGACCUCUUGUCUGGGCUAUUGUCGGUGAGCUGUACCCUGCUCGCUACCGUGCUACUUGCAUGGGUCUUGCUACUGCAUCCAACUGGCUCUUCAACUUCAUCAUUUCCUUCUGCUCCACUUUGAUCACCGACCGUAUCGACUACUUCUACGGUCUCGUCUUCGCCGUAUCCCUCGUCAUCCUCUUCUUCGUCGUGUACUUCUUCAUGAUCGAGACCAAGGGCCGCUCGCUCGAGGAGAUUGAUACCAUGUACGUCUUGCACGUCAACCCUAUCACGAGCAGCAAGUGGGACGCAUCGACUCUCCAGAAAGACGGCCUUGUUGACACGGACCGUCUGCACAUGGGUCCUGGUGGCCGUACUUUCAGCAAGGCGGAACAGAGUGGUACCCACGGUGGUAUCCUAGAGCCUGCGGAGAGAAAUGAGAUCCAAGUGUAA